CAUCUCGCUCCGUCUGAUCAAUUAUCGAAUCAAUUACGUCGUUUACGGUUGGGUUUUGUUAUCAUUCCCAAUGCCUCCAAGAAAGAAGCCUAAGCUCAACACCCAGGCGGAGAACCCGCAAUCUCCUACCAACACUCCAGCUGAAAGCGCUGCCCAACGGACCCCAAGCUAUGACUUAGUUGCGGAUCCUUGGACAGAUGAGCAGGAGACGGCGUUGCUCAAGGGAAUCAUCAAAUGGAAACCUGUUGGCAUGCACAAGCAUUUUCGAAUGGUCGCAAUAUCAGAGUUCAUGAAGAGUCAAGGUUAUGCGCCUUCACAUGCCGAGCACACGCGGAUACCGGGGAUCUGGCAGAAACUAGGGACGUUGUAUAAUUUAUCAGCGCUCGAUGAAAGGGAAGACUCGCUUGUAACGGAGGUUUCGGAUGACGCCGAAGGAAAGGAGGUCUAUUGUCCAUUCGAACUUCCUGAGGACGAAUAUGGCGAUAUGAUGUUCGAUCGAAGAUUGGCAAUGGAAGGAUCGCAAUCCCCCGCGCCUAGUGGCCAGGCCGAAUCACGGAGAGGGAGCACCGUAGCUGACACAGAUGAACCACGCUCAUCGCCGGCCCCUCCACGAGGCCGGAAACCGGGCCGUGGCCGUCCCCCUAAACGGGGCACACGGUCUUCGCGCCUCCAUGUCGCAGUCGAGACCCGCCAGCAAAGCUCUGAAGAGGAAGAAGGAGAUGCAGAAUCCGAGGAGGAAAACGAAGAGAGCGAAGAAGAGGAAAGUGUUGGCGCAAAGGAAGAAAGCGAGGACGACGGAGAUGGCGAGGCAGGCAGCUCACCAACGGGCCGGAGCACGCGAGCCCGGACGACCCAAUCCAAACGGGGGAGAAGGGGAGGCGGCGUUGCAAGAAGAGGUCGUCGGCGGGGAAAUUGAUUUGCUUUUGCGGCUGGUGCCUUUUCGAUUGAGAUGCACAUAUUUGAUACCUCGGAAAUCAGGGUACGGGCGUUGGUACGGGUUUGUCUUGUUACAUUAUCCAGCGAUGUAUGACUACUGAAUGAAUUGUCUCCAAGAGUAGUGCAAAGGUGUAAUGUAAUGUGUGCUACAUAAAUUAGGGGCUGUUGAACAAUCAUUGGAAAU